UGCCGGGUGCCGCCGCAUCCAUCGGCGGAGCGCAAACGGCGACGAUCCGCGUGCGUGCGUGUGCCCUGACGAGCCGAGCACCGAGCUCGCACGAGGGGGGACCUGUCCCCGACUGCGUGUACUCCCCGCCGCGACCAUGCCUGUCCACGUCACCAUCUGCAGCGCGUGCAGCGCGCGCUCCCGCCUCGGGGGUCACACGACGGCGCGCGCGCGCUGCAGCUCCAUGCACUCCCUCGCCGCCACCGUCGGGCGCGGCCGCGGCAACUUUGGCUAUUUAGUUGGAGAAAUUCUGCAGGGGUGGAGAUGGAUGACCACGACAUCGAUCUCUCAGCGUCGGAGUCAGCGACAGACACACGAUCACCCCCGGCCCUGCCGGACACGCUCCGAUCGUCGUCGUCGUACGAGAGGCUAGCUGCUCCAUUGCCGUGUUCUUCUUCGUUCCCUGCCCCGGCCUGCCGUGAGGUGAUCAAUCGAUGGACGCCGGCGCGCACGUGCCUGCGGGAGUGGUGGUCGACAUCGAGGCGCUCGCCGGACCGGCCGUAGGGAGCGAGGUCCCCGCUGCGCCGCCUAAGGGCCCAGCAUGGAAAAGGUUCUUGUACCACGUUGGGCCAGGCUUUAUGGUCUGUUUGGCCUACCUUGAUCCAGGAAACUUGGGAACAGAUUUGCAAGCUGGUGCAGAUCACAGAUAUGAGCUCCUCUGGGUGACCUUGAUUGGCCUCAUCUUUGCACUAAUUAUUCAGUCACUAUCUGCUAAUCUCGGAGUAGUGACAGGGCGGCAUCUUGCCGAACUAUGCAAGACGGAAUAUCCAGCAUGGGUGAGAAUCUGCCUAUGGCUGCUGGCAGAGUUAGCUGUGAUUGCUGCAGAUAUCCCAGAAGUUAUAGGGACAGCUUUUGCUUUCAACCUCUUGUUCCACAUACCUUUGUGGGUGGGGGUUCUCAUCACUGGCUCAAGCACACUUCUCCUCCUUGGAAUGCAAAAAUAUGGGGUUAGGAAGCUGGAACUUUUGGUUGGACUAUUGGUGUUCGUUAUGGCAGCAUGCUUCUUCAUAGAGAUGAGCAUAGUGAAGCCUCCUGCAAAAGAGGUCAUUUACGGGCUAUUCGUCCCCAGCCUGAGUGGGUCGGGCGCUACUGGAGACACUAUAGCCCUUCUUGGAGCUCUUGUCAUGCCGCACAAUCUAUUCUUGCACUCUGCCCUGGUACUGUCAAGGAACACUCCCUCGUCAGUAAGAGGAAUCAAGGAUGCUUGCAGGUUCUUCCUUCUUGAAAGUGGUGUAGCAAUGUUCGUGGCACUUCUGAUCAACAUAUGUAUCAUCUCUGUCUCUGGAACUGUCUGUAACUCGAGCAACCUCUCAUCAGUUGACUCUGCAAAAUGCAGUGAUAUCACCUUGGACUCCUCGUCCUUCCUCCUCAGGAAUGUGCUAGGCAACAACAGCGCAGUUGUGUAUGGUGUGGCACUCUUGGCUUGUGGGAUAAGCUCUUCCAUCACUGGUACUUACGCUGGGCAAUACAUCAUGCAGGGUUUCUUGGACAUCAAGAUGAAACAGUGGCUGAGGAACCUGAUGACCCGCAGCAUUGCCAUUGUACCAAGCUUAAUCGUUGCCAUCAUCGGUGGGUCCAGUGGUGCUGGCCGUCUCAUCAUCAUUGCAUCGAUGAUACUGUCUUUUGAGCUACCAUUUGCUCUCAUCCCACUUCUCAAGUUCAGCAGUAGUAGCAACACGAUGGGCCAACAUAAGAACUCCAUAUAUAUUAUUGGAUUCUCGUGGAUUCUCGGUUCUGUUAUCAUUGGGAUAAACAUCUACUUCCUCUGCUCAAAAUUUGUUGGCUGGAUCCUCCACAACUCACUGCCAAUUUAUGCUAACAUUCUCAUUGGCAUCAUCGUGUUCCCUCUUAUGCUGCUCUACAUCUGUGCUGUGAUCUACCUCACGCUAAGGAAGGAGACCAUCAAGUUCGUGCCUUGCGGUGAGCUGCAGGCCAUUGAGACCGACAAAUCAAAGGUUGCCGAUGAUAGCAAUAACGAGGAAAAGGAGUAUGUAUCCUACAAUGGCAUCUAGCUUGACACUGUUCAAGGUGGAGGUGGACUCUAUCACAGGAGCAAGUUGGUGCUUACCUAGUACUUUUUUUUUUUCUCGAAUACGCAGGAGAACUGUGUAUCAUUGUAUUAAUAGUAGAGAAGAUGCUUACCUAGUACUGAUUGGACUGUGUGAUGCAAUCUGUUUUCACGCUUUUUUGUCUGUAGUUUAGGCAUAAUAGUUUGUUGAGCAAGUUGGUGCUUACCUAGUAGUGGUUGGUCUCUAGAUUGUGCUAGGAGUAGUUUCCUCAGUGGUUUAGAUCAGUGUUCUGCAACCGAGUUGUUUCUGUGGUUGCCUCCUAGAUAAGAAGUUGUGUUUAGUUUUAGUGGGUAGGUCUUAGUACUGGACUUGUUUGGUGGUUGUAUAUACUAGUCAUGUGGUUUUCUUGGCCUGGUUCCAUUCCAAAAAACAGAGCAGGAACUUGUGCCUUUUUUCUUUAUCCUUCUAAUAAAACUUGCGACAAAGCUUUUGUUGUUCA